GCUACAUGUCUGGAAUUCAGGGACUUUUUGGUGAAGCAAUUGCUAGUCAACUUUGGGAUAUUAUGAUAAACCCUAAUCUUGGAAGGAUCUAGGACUAUAGAGAUCAAGACUCCAUCAGAGCCUUCUUCUUCCUCUGCUAUUACAGCAGAAAAAAAAAUGCCAGAGAAGCAGCAGGUCAUGUGCCCCCCAAGACCACCAAGUGGAACCCAUCAUAGAAAGGGGGAAAUGGCAACCUGGGCCUUCUGUAAUCUGCGGAGAGUCUCUGAUCCAAUUCUGUUCCAAAUGACCUUGGUCGCUGCUCUGUUGGUUACUGUUCAUGGCAAAUGUGGUCCCCCACCCAAUCUAAGCUUUGCUUCUCCAAUAAGUGUACCGAACCAGACAGAAUUCAGAACUGGUGAUAGUCUGAGCUAUACCUGCCGCCCUGGCUACAGUAAGACAAGUUCAAGUUCGCAAGUUUACUGUGCAUAUACUGGCAAAUGGAACUAUGAUGUCUUCUGUGUCAAGAAACGAUGCAGUAAUCCAGGAGAUUUACCUAAUGGGCGUGUGGAAAUUAAGACAGAUCUCACUUUUGGAUCACAAAUAGAAUUCAUCUGUUCAGAGGGAUUUGUCUUAAAGGGUCCAACCACUAGUUAUUGUGAAAUCCAAGAUAAGAGAGUUGCCUGGAGUGACCCUUUCCCUGUAUGUUUAAUUGUCACRUGUGAACCCCCUCCAGAUAUCAGCAAUGGGAAGCACAGUGGUAGCGAUGAAGACCUCUUUACAUAUGGCUCCUCUGUCACCUACACCUGUGACCCCAACUUCUCACUCAUAGGGAAUGCUUCCAUUUCCUGCACGGUAGAGAAUAAAACAGUAGGCGUCUGGAGCCCAAGUCCUCCUACUUGUGAAAAUAUCAACUGUCCUGCACCAGUUGUUCCACAUGGAAUCAUCAUCUCUGGAUUUGGACCAACCUAUUCUUACAAAGAUUCUAUAGUGUUUGGCUGCCAGAGAGGUUUUAACCUUAAAGGCAGCAGUUCAAUCCAUUGUGAAGCUAAUAAAAAAUGGAAUACUUCUCCUCCCAUCUGUGAGCCCAUAUGUUGCCCAGUACCAGAGCUGGCGAAUGGUAAAAUCAUUCACCCUAAAAGAUACCACCCUACCAACAAGUGUUCUUAUGGCUACAAAGACCAACUUUCAUACACGUGUUAUGGGCGACAGUUUUCAGCUACAUGUGGAUCAGAUGGCACAUGGAGUCCCCGAACACCAUCAUGUGACCACGUGCCUCACCAUCAAAAUUGCAAUUUCCCACCUACCAUUGCCCACGGACAUCAUAAACCAUCUUUUCAUAUAUAUAAAACUGAGAUUGUGUAUGAAUGCGAUGUAGGAUACCAACUGGUUGGAGAAGCAAAACUCUCCUGCUCCUAUUCUCAGUGGUCACCUGAACCUCCUCAGUGCAAAGCUACCUGUCAGAAACCAGAGAUUACAAAUGGGACUCUGUCUGUGAAUAAGUAUCAGUAUCUUGAAAUGGAAAGUAUCACUGUUCACUGUGACUCUGGCUUUAAAGUGGUGGGUAGCCAAAUGAUCACUUGCUCAGAGGACAAAGCCUGGCACCCGGCAGUGCCCAAGUGUGAGUGGGAAUUCCAGGAAGGGUGCAAUCAAGUAUACACAGGAAAAAAACUCUUGCAGUGUCUCCCAAACCCAGCAGAUGUGAAAAUGGCCCUGGAAAUAUCUAAGCUAUCCCUUGAGAUUGAAUUACUAGAACUACAACUAAACAAGGAAAGACAAACUAGUAUAGAAACAACACCAUAAUGUUGCCCAGAGGAGGGAGAAGAAUAUGCCUACCUGGCUCGCUGCCUUCAAUGCCRCGCAGAUCCUUUCAGUUUAGCAACUCUUUUGUCACUUUGGCAACAAUAUUCAUGGUAAUAAACAUCUAGAAGGGAUAGUUCACAGCUUUGAGAUUACAGAAUUAUUGAUCAUCUUGUGGCUUAGAAUUUUGCUUUUCUGGAUGUAAAGUACAUUUUAUUUU